GACUCGAAUGGACUGACUCAUCUCAGGGCCCAUUCAUGAGAAUAAUCAGAGUCGAGAAGAAACUCAAGGAGAAUAAGAUUAAGCAUAUAAGCACCGCUAGGCUCGAAGCUUGAUUCCUCUCUUUUUCGUGCCCUUUUUGACAUCGGGUUCCCGACAUCAACAGGAAAUGGUCAAUCCAGGCGUUAUUGUCAACUAACCGAAACCACACAACACUCAAAAGACACCAGCAGCGGGUCGACAAGUCUUUCCAAGAGCCUGACAAACAUCUCGACUUGCACCUCGAGCCCCGUAGAAGCCAUGGCAGACUCACAGCCACAAUCCCAUCAGCAGCCGUCAUGGCUGACCUCCCCUCCCCCACCACCAAUCAUCAUCACGCCUACCUUCUACUUGCGGGCAUACACCCUCGCCGACGCAGCUCAGCUCGCUAAGACGGCAAACUCGUCCGAGAUCGCGCACCGCAUGGGCGACCGGUUCCCCUCGCCAUAUACACACGCGGACGGCAUCGGUUUCAUCACCAGGUUCGGCCGGCCGAAUCCGGAGGCGGGCGUGCGGGAUCAUAACUUUGGCAUCUUCACGCGGAGCCUGGCAACUAUUACUGGUGCCACCGAGCGGGACACCGCGGAUGGAAAGGACAAGGCCGGAGGAGUAGGAGAAGAAGAGACACUGAUCGGCGGGAUAGGCUUCAUGCCACAGCCAGCCGAGCAGCGGUUUACCAGCGAGAUCGGCUACUGGCUGCAUCCGUCGGUUUGGGGCAAGGGCUUGGCCACAAAGGUGGUGCGAGAGUUUGUCCGGUGGGCGUUUACCAACUUUGGCGACGACACGCUGGUCAAGCUGCAGGCCAGACACCACGCCGGGAACGAGCGCAGCGGGAGGGUCCUCGAGAAGAACGGGUUCCAGAGGGAGGGCAUCUUGCGCAAGGCUUGGGCCUGCAGGGACGAUGGGGAUACUGUCCGAGCUGGGCAGGUCGCGGAGGCGGCGAGGAGGGAGGGACAGCUGGAUGCGGCUGGAUCAGAGCAGGACGCGAGUGCGAAGCCCAAGCAUUACGUUCUCGACUUGUACAUCUAUGGCCUGCUGCGAGAGGACUUCGAGGCAGGUCAGAGCGAGAAGCAAUGACUGUUUGAGGGUGCGGCGGAAUGGGAGAAAUCGGCGGCGAGCAUGCGAAGCGUUUUGCAGCCGGCGUUUGCGUACGCUUAUAUGGAGUAUUUCCAUAUAUGUUUGGUUUUGCGCGACUCUCAAGGUCAUUCUCAUGAUGAGUGGUGCCGUUGCCAUCAUAAAUGUACACGGAUUUUUGCACAUGGACCUGCUCGUGCCAGUCUCUCACUAGGGUGUAAAACCCCGAGGCAUCGUUUUUCUGCACCCUUG